CCACGGUGCAGCGCACUCGAGCGUAAAGAGGCUAGCAUGGCGUCGUCCACGGUAGCGUUGCUGGCCGUGUCCCUGCUCGCGGCGUCGGCGAUGAGCGGCGGCGGCGGCGUCCGGGCGCAGCCGCUCGUGCCGGCGGUGAUCUCCUUCGGCGACUCGACCAUCGACGUCGGCAACAACAACUACCUCCCCCGCGCGGUGUUCAAGGCCGACUACGCGCCCUACGGGGAGAACUUCGUCCGCCAGGAGCCCACCGGCCGGUUCUCCGACGGCAAGAUCGUCACCGACAUCACCGCUGAGACUCUGGGGUUCGAGAGCUACGCGCCGCCGUACCUCAGCCCGCAGGCGUCGGGGAAGAACCUGCUCAUCGGCGCCAACUUCGCCUCGGCGGCGUCCAGCUACUACGACGACACGGCGGCCGUGUAUGACGCGAUCACGCUGACCCAGCAGCUCAAGUACUACAAGGAGUACCAGUCCAAGCUGGCCGCGGUGGCCGGGCGCGCCAAGGCUCGCUCCAUCCUCACUGGCGCGCUGUACGUCGUCAGCACGGGCACCGGCGACUUCCUCCAGAACUACUACCACAACGCCUCCCUGUCCCGCCGCUACAACGUCGACCAGUACUGCGACCUCCUCGUCGGCAUCUUAUCCAACUUCGCCAGCGAGUUGUAUAAGCUGGGGGCGCGGCGGAUCGGCGUCACGUCCAUGCCGCCGCUGGGGUGCCUCCCGGCGUCCAUCAGGCUGUACGGCGAGGGCCGCGACGCGUGCGUGGCGAGGCUCAACCGCGACGCCGAGACCUUCAACUGGAAGCUGAACGCCACCGUCAAGGCGCUGAAGGGGCAGCACGCCGACCUCAAGAUGGCCAUCUUCGACAUCUACACGCCGCUCCGGAAGCUCGCCGAAGCGCCGGCGGAGCAAGGCUUCGCGGACGCGAGGGGGACGUGCUGCCGGACGGGGACGGCGAAGACGAGGGUGUACCUCUGCAACCCGACGACGGGCGGGACGUGCCGGAACGCCAGCAGCUACGUGUUCUUCGACGGCGUCCACCCGUCGGAGGCGGCCAACCUGUUCAUGGCGGAGUCCAUGGUCGAAGCCGGCAUCGAGCUGGUCACGUAGUAAUGGCGUCAAUAAACAAAGUACUGUUACACAGCAGCAGUUGCAGAUGUUGCAGCGACAAGCCGACAAGGCAGUAUGAUACCGAUAGGCCAUAUCCAUCUCUGGCUGCUCAUUAGUUUCCUGAUCCAUCGAAGAAAACUUAGGCCAUAUCCAUCUCUCGCUGCUCAUUAGUUUCCUGUUCAGCCAGGUUGCGCGGUAGCAGGAUCGGUCCUACGACUUCAGUAAUACUGUUAUCCUUCAUGUUUUCCUAUGUAUACAUUUCUCUGUGUUCUAAACAAGUAUGAAUGGGUGGUGUGGCCUAAUGCUUGUGGUUUUUCAAUUC